AUGGGGAAAUUUUCCGACUUUGCCAUUUUUUACUUUGUCUUCCUUUUAAAUUUCUGCCUCUACAAAAAGGGCGUCCCAGGUUACGUUGUUGCCAAUGCGGGGAAGCCUAGUUUUAGGAGUGGCGCCUCGAAUAAUGAUGACAGUGAACAGAGCCAAAAGACGUUAAGCGGACACAACGGAACUCAUCAGAACGUCCACACACCCCCUGGGCACGAUGGCGGGGCAGUGCUGGGCUCGACGGGGGUACCCACUUUGGGAAAUUCACUCAUACAGGGGGACACGGAAGAAGGGUCUGAUACCGCAGAAGGAGAUACUAAUAGUACGGGUGAUGGUACAAGUGAUGCAGCCAGUUCGGACAGUGCCCGCCCGUUCAGCGUAACGCUGGCGCGGUUAUUUUUAAACACUGUAGUUAAGCCAGCCCUUAACAUAGUCAUAGGUGGGGAGAAACCUCUGUUUCCACCGGGACCGGCAAAUACAGCAACGCCACAGCAGGAGCAACAACAGGAACAAGUGAUAGAUUCUCAGAACCCCGCGGAAAACCCUCCUACAGAAGAAGUACCCAGCCCUCCUAUUAACAAUGGAAAACUCACGCUAGAACUUGACAAGGAAGCGGAAACCUCGGUGAAUGAUGUGGAAGAAGAAGUUCUGGACGAAAUUUACGAUGAUGGUGAUGAUAAUAAUGUGGAUGAGGAAAAUGACGAGGGCACACAGAACGACCCCAACGAUGGUGUAGAUAACAAUGACGACGAUGAGGAUGAAGAAAUUGUAUAUCGAUAUGACAAUGACGGAGAGGCAGAUGAAAUCACGGAGGAACAGGGAUUGAAUUCCUUACUAAAUGAUGAAACUAUACACAUGAUCCAUUUACAAGAAUACACAGACAUUGAUGAGAAGAAAGAAAAAGUGGAAGAGUUAGUUCAGUACAUGACAAAUUCGCUGCAGGAAAAUGAAGAACUUGCGGAUACGCUUAACGGUUUUUCAUCCGAUAUGACUAGGUAUUUGCAAAUGUGA